AUGACCAACAAAAGAUGGUUUAAACAUACAUGUUUAUACAUCAAGUCUGAACAGAGCAACAGCUCAAUAGAAACACUGGACCUCUCUGAUAAUGACAUUGGACCAUUAGGAGCAAAAUAUAUAGCAGAUGCUAUGAAGGAAAAUACGUUUAUUCAAAAUUUGAGUUUAGCAGACAAUAAACUGACAGUGCUUGGAUUAAAAUAUAUUGUGGAAAUCAUCAUUGAACAAGACACAAUACACAAUCUUAGUAUUGCCGGAAAUGGUUUGAGGGAAUGUGACUCAGAGAUAAUUCGACCCCUUUUUGAACAAACUGUUUUCUUGAGACAUUUGGGUCUAUCCCGUAAUGAAUUACGUUUUGCUGGCGGAGCAGUCAUCGGGGAAGCUCUUCUUACAAAUGAAACAAUCUUGUCUCUUGACCUAAGCUGGAAUCAUCUACGAAGAGACGGUGCUUGCUUCAUUGCCGAUGGUCUUGCGGGAAAUACGUGUCUCAGAAAAAUAAAUUUGGCAUGGAAUGGAUUUUUCAUCGACGGAUGUCAAGCAUUAGCACGUGCGCUAGAAAGGAACAACACUUUACUUGAGCUGGAUGUCACGUGUAAUAGAAUCAGUAAAGAAUGCUUAGAAAAACUCUUGGUUGGAUUGAAGAAAAAUUCCACUCUUGAAAUAUUACGAAUAGGGAAAAACCCUAUAACUCCUGAAGGCGCUUUGUUGCUCAUACAGUUCUUAAAAGACAACAAAACAACCGGAAUAAGAGAGUUGGAUAUAAGUGAUACAUUAGUGAAACCGUCAUUUGUUGAUGUCCUAGCCCAGGUUAAAGCCAUAAAAGACGUUAGAGUCAUUUAUGGACAGGUACAAGGCCGUGAUAAAAGUGCUGAUGAAGAUGAACUUACUUUGAUGGACGAAAAUCCUACACUUGUAAUCAUGGAGUUUGGUAAACUGAUGGGAUUUCGUCUGCUUGACCUUUUUGCUGCGUUUGAUAAAGAUGGGAGUAAAACACUUGAUCACGAUGAAAUAAAGACAGGACUUAGG